AAAAUGGCUGCUUUCAGCAUUAUCUCGGUUUACUCUCCCGCCAACCCACAGGCAUUCCCAACCACUGAGCCUCUCAACCCCGGGCGCGGCCAUGGCGGCCUCCGCUCCCAUCCGCCUCCUCUCCCCCUCCAGCUCUCCAUGGCCGCCACAAGAUCCGAGCCGUAGGCCCGUACUGCCCCUGCAAGCGUGGCCAGCGCGCCACCGCCAUCUCCGCUCCGUCCGCUGCGCGUUGUCCCCGCCGCCGCCGUCGCUCGACCUCCCGCUCCUCCCGUUCCAGCCCGCGGAGGUGCUGAUACCAUCUGAAUCCAAGACUCUACACUUGUAUGAAGCAAGAUAUAUAGCAUUGCUAGAGGAGGCCUUGUACAAGAGGAAAAAUACUUUUGUUCACUUUGUGCUUGAUCCAGUUGUAGAUAGCACUACUAAAGCUUCAUUUGCUGUAAGAUAUGGUUGCUUGGUCCACAUAGAAAGUAUUCAAAAGCUGGAGAUUGGAGCACUAAUAUCAAUUAGAGGAGUGUGCCGUGUAAACAUUUCAAAUCUUUUGGAUAUGGAGCCCUAUUUCCGUGGUACAGUUUCUCCAAUGAUGGAUGAGCCUUAUGAAGCUAUUGAAUUAGGGACAAGAAUUUCCAAGCUAAAAGAAUCCAUGUGCAAUUUACACAGUCUACAAAUGAAGUUGAAGGUACCUGAGGAUGAACCACUGCAAACUAACAUCAGGGCAUCACUAUUGUGGUCUGAAAAAGAAAUUUUUGAAGAGUAUAAUGAAUCUUUUAUCCCUGGACACCCAGAACGCCUCUCAUUUGCUGCGUACCAAACAGUUUCAGGCAUGUCAGAUGAAGAACUUCUCACCCUGCAAAACUACAAGAUACAAGCGAUGGAUUCGAUAGACACCCUUGAAAGGCUAAACAAUGGUAUCAAGUUUGUAGAACAUAAUAUUGGAAUGAUAGCUGCAAGGCUCGCCAUUCAAAAUAUAUGAUCUUGCAAUGUUCAAUUUAUAUGCUAAAUGAUGUCCAUGAUGCUAACUCCAUCUGGUCAAAAGACUCUGACCUCAAAGCUUUUUCAGUUUCAAAUGUAAACAUGGAAGGUGUAUACAUUCCGAUUGAUUCUGACAUAACCUUGGUAUUCAUUCAGAGAACAGCA